AUGAACACGACGUCGGUGCAUCCAUUUUUUCAACUUCAUGGCUUAUCGAGUGGAAGGACUUACAGAAUAAUGAUCUAUUCUGUCAAUUCUAAAGGAAAAAGCAUACCUUACUAUCUGUCAGCCAGCACGUUACAACGUGCCGCAAAAUUAACAGGAAUGGAAGGUAUCAUUAUUAUUAGACCAGUGUUAGGUCUCCUUAUUUCUGUUGUCAUCAUUUUAGUUAUCAUAACAGUAAUUAUCACAGUUUUUCUACAAGUACGAAAGAAACGUAAGAGACAAGGUACCAGAAAUUCUCCAGGAGUUGCAGAUAAAUGCGAAACUCCAUUGAAAAAAGAUACGGAUGAUAUGUUAGAAGGUGAAGAAAAGGGACCAGAUAUCAUACCAACAAAUACAGAUAGUCGCUCUAACUAUGCAGGUAAAAAUGAAUUUUAA